GGUCUUCUCUUUUUGGUGGUCUUCUUCGAAAAGUCCUUUUUUUUGCAGAUGCUGACGAUUCCCUCCUCCUGAGUCUCCGAUGCCGCGUCGUCCUCCUUCUCCUCCUCUAUCUGAACGAAAUGCUCUGUAAUUGUAAAGACGUCUCUCGCACGGUCUGGCCCGCAAGUCCUCGAUAUCGGCUAUCUCCAUUUGCCCAACCAUGGAUGACAUGAAAGAUAAAGUCAAGGGGUUCAUGAAGAAAGUCAACAACCCCUUCUCCCCCUCCUCCUCUACUGGCAAAUUCAAGGGUCAAGGCAGAGUUUUGGGUUCGUCUACGUCUGGCCCCACUAAUCCGAUCCCUGCACGGCCUUCUCAAUCUAUCCAUAGUAGCCCAAAUCCAUCACCAGCUCAAACCGGUCAUCCUAGACCUUCUCAGCCCCCUAAAACCACAGUUUCCGAUCAGAACAAGCUCGGCUUCACGCGUAGUACGGAGCCGGAUCGGAAACCGGCUGGCGGGUUCGAUCCGUUUGAUUCUCUUAUCACUUCGGGGAAGAGAUCUCAGAAUGGGUAUUCAUUGAAUACUGUUGAGUGCCCCGUUUGCAAUAGAUCUUUCAGGUCUGAAGAUGAAGUCUCCGAACAUGUGGAUAGUUGUGUUGCUGAAAAUCAGGUUGAGCACGAUAACGGAGUCGGAGCACAGGGGUUGCCAAGUGAUGAUGCGGAGGAAAGGAGUGAAUUAGAGGCAUGUGUUGGCACCUUCGUGUCUGCAAAGCCACCUGAGAGCUCAGUUGAUGUCUUGCUUAAAUUGUUUAGGAAUAUAGCUAGGGAACCAGAAAAUGCCAAGUUUAGGAGGAUAAGAUUGAGUAACCCUAAGAUUAAGGAAGCUAUUGGAGAUGUUGCAGGAGGGGUUGAGUUGUUGGAAUUUGUUGGGUUCGAGUUAAAAGAAGAGGGUGGGGAGAUGUGGGCCCUGAUGGACCAACCUGGGGAGGAGCAAAUACGAAUGAUUAAUAAGGCUGUGGUUUUACUGGAACCUAAGAAGUUUGAAGAAAAAAAAAAGAUUGAUGAUGCCCCUGCAGUGGUCCCUUCCGUAGUAGACAAACCAAUGGAAAAGGAGAAGAUUGAUAGGCAGAUUCGGGUGUUCUUUUCCGUGCCUGAAAGUAUAGCAGCGAGAAUUGAGCUACCAGAUUCUUUUUAUAAGCUUUCAAUGGAUGAGGUGAGACGAGAAGCAGAAAUGAGGAAGAAGAAGAUGGCAGAGUCUCAGCUUUUGAUCCCCAAGUCAUACAGGGAAAAGCAGCUGAAAGCCGGAAGGAAGAGGUACACCAGAACCGUCAUACGUAUUCAGUUUCCGGAUGGAGUGGUUCUUCAAGGCGUCUUUGCUCCUUGGGAGCUAACAGGUUCUUUAUAUGAGUUUGUGAGCUCCGCUCUCAAGGAUCCCUGUCUGGAGUUCGAGCUGAUGCAUCCUGUGGUCGUCAAACGGCGAGUGAUCCCACAUUUGCCCGAAGCUGGCCAAAGAGCGACGACUCUCGAUGACGAGGAUUUGGUCCCUUCGGCUCUCAUCAAGUUCAGACCGAUCGAAACUGAUUCCGUGGUCUUCACUGGACUCCGGAACGAACUCCUUGAGAUCAGCGAACCCCUUCAAUAGCUCCAAGUCCCGAAUCCCGAAACUUUUACCUCAACCCAUUUGCAAGUUGCCCGUCUCACUGGUCCAAAUUCCCCGGCUCUCGAAGAUGUCGAAGGAUUCCAUGCACCUCUAUUCAUGUGUUUCUGUAUGCACUUGCUUUGCUUACAUUCAUACUUGUUCAAGAUCGUCAUUGGAUGAGGGGCGUCAUAAUCGUGUACAGACCCAAAAUCACACCUCAACUCAGCAUUGUGUAUUAUGAAGAACUCAUUAUUUGAUGAGGAUACGGCGGAUUCAUUUGUGAUGUAGGAGGAGGAGUCAAUGCUAUUCCAGGGCUCUGAAUAAGUGUUGACUUAGGAAAAAAAGUCUGGUCUUAUUGCUCUACUGUGUACUCCAAAAACUCAGAUUUGACUUGAAUUUAUCUCUUAGUUAAUCGGAUUAUUCAAUUAUCCUGGACAUAUUAAGACUUAUCUACUAAAUUUGUCCAUUAAAGUGAUGUAAGGAUUCUUGUUGGGUGUGUG